AUUUUUUUUUAACUUUUUUUUGUCUUUUAUUGGAGUAUAUUUUAUGAAAUUUAUAUAUUUUAAUGUGAUUUUGCUCAAAUUUGAUGAAUAGGUUUUGAUUGCACAAUUAUAUUAAGUUGUGGGGUUAAUUUGCUACAAGUAAAAGUUAUGGGGUUACUUUACACCUGCAAUAAAAGUGUUGGGGCUAAUUUGCUACUACACCCGAAAUUUACCGGACUAUUAAUAAGGGACAGAACGGUAAAUUUAAUCUUUUUCAACUUAAAAAAAAAAAAAAAAAAAAAAAAAGGUUUAUAGUACUUUGGUUGGAGUACUAGAUUAGAUUAUGGCCUGGGUUCGCUACUACUGAGCUUUCAUCUCUCUCCUCCACCUUCUUAAUUCUUUCGACAAAAUUUGCUAUACUACAACAAAGCUAAUCGAGGCGGUUUUGUAUGCUGUGAUUGAUUGGUGUACUGUGACUGAAAAUUUCAGAACAAAGCUAAUCGAGGCGGUUUUGUAUGCUGUGAAGGAAGAUGAAUGUGAAGAAGGUGCCAAAGAGGGAGGAAGAAGAACCAACCGAAUCAUUGCAUGACCGUGAUGGUCAGGAUGGUUCCACUGCAUCCGAGGCUCAAACAGACUCGCCUUCAUCUCUCCCAAAUGAGGGUCACCGGAAAGUGACAUGUGAAGAUAUUAAAUUUGUCCAAGCCCUGAUUGAAAGGUGUCUGCAUUUGUACAUGACUGAAGAUGAAGUCGUAACCAUGCUUGUAAAUCAAUUCAAAUUAGAAAAACAUUUUAUAAAUCUUGUUUGGCAGAGAUUGGAAGAAGAAAAUCCCGAUUUUUUUAGUGCUUAUAAUGUAAGGCUAACUUUGAAAAAGCAGAUCAUAUUAUUUAAUCAACUGAUGGAGAAGCAGUUCCACUUGACAAAGAUUAGAGAUUUCCAUAAUUCAAAGCAGCCUUCACAAAAUGGUCAUAGUCAAGUAAACUCGUCCUUUGGACAUCUUCCCCAACAGCCUUAUUUUCCAUCUACUGGUGCUACAGAUAUGGAUUCAAUGCCGUAUGGGUCUCCAUAUCAUGUGGUAGAUGGGGUUCCUGCAGUAGGCAACUUCAAUUUCAUUCAACAGAAUGGGUGUUUGUUGAGCAGAGAGGCUGCUAGUGGCAACCAUGAGAUGAAUAUAGAAUCCUAUGAUCAAGUCUCAUAUGAACCUCAUGAGUUUCAGAGAUCGAGUGGUCAAUCAAUGGCAUUUGGUGCAAGUUUUCAUUCCAAUAUGUGCAACAUCGAAGGGUUCCAACCUGCUCUGGAUGGUGGUGGUGGAAUAUCUUUUGAUAAUCUUGUUUCACACCAUAAUUUAACAACCAAUUUGACCAAUAUAGGAGAUCUUGCAGCAUUCCAGAGCAACCAAAGUUCCCUAUUCCCAAAUCCUGAAAUAGUAGAUAUUGUGGGCGGGUCUCCUGAUGAAUGUGACAUAGCUGAUUACUUCAUAGCCGAUGAAGUUCCCUAUCCAGAACCCCUGUUUGGAAUUGACAAAGGUGAAUCAUAGCUGGGUGAUGAUAACUGUACUGACCUCGCUCGUGACUGCAAAUUACAUAGGACUGGUAUAAAAGUAAGAGAUAAUGACACCAGAAAUCUGAAUUGAGGAAGUGAGCUGUCAAAUAGACAAUCAACUCAUUGUUGAAGAAGCUGAUUAGCUGAUGGGCGUUUACAAAGUUUUGGAUACUUUCUAUACUUAACUUCAUAGAGCGAAGCUCUCAUUCUUUGACAAGCUCGGCAAUUGUAUCUGAUUGGAUAAUAUGCUUGGUGUGUUCUUGGCUUUGCUUUCGUUUGAGGGGGCUGGGAUGUCGAAUGGUUUUCUACUCCUUUAUUUUGGAAGUGAUAUGGGCUCGAUUGUGUCUUUAAUACGUAGUACUUUUUCAUUGCCAAAAUCAAGUCAGCCUAGUGAACUUUGAGAAGUUCAGUCAUCUAUGACCUAUUUUGUCCAAGCUACAAGAAGAAACCUGAAACAGAUUCAAGGGAACUGUUACACGGAUAGGGUGUAAUCUAUAGAAGUCACAUUUGUUUUUUUCCCUUAAAACAACUAAUUGUUUAUCUUUGUUGGUUUGUUACUCUUAUAAUCAAGGCUGGGUUUUGUGUAUCUAUUGUAUUCAAGGAGUUCAUUUGCAAGUUUAUCGUUGCUUA